AUGGUUNUGGAGAGAGAAGAAGGUUUCAAGAACUCGACGCCAGUGAAGUUGCUGAAUGAACUGGUGGAAAAGAAGAGCGAUGACAAAUUGGAGAAUUUGGACUGGGAAGACGUGUUCCUUCUCUCUGAUGAUAACGAGUGGCCAUCAAAGACCCCAGGAUUCAAGGAAACUAUGGCAGAAUACCGAGCUGAGUUGAAGAAGCUGGGAGAGAAGGUCAUGGAAGCCAUGGAUGAAAACUUGGGUUUGCCAAUAGGAUACAUCAAGAAAGCUUUCAAUGGUGAAGAAGCUGAUGCCUUUUUUGGCACUAAGCUAGUGAACCAUGGGAUUUCAGAGGAACUCCUCCAGAGGGUGAAGAAGGUUUGCUCCGACUGCUAUACGAUGGAGAGAGAAGAAGGUUUCAAGAACUCGACGCCAGUGAAGUUGCUGAAUGAACUGGUGGAAAAGAAGAGCGAUGACAAAUUGGAGAAUUUGGACUGGGAAGACGUGUUCCUUCUCUCUGAUGAUAACGAGUGGCCAUCAAAGACCCCAGGAUUCAAGGAAACUAUGGCAGAAUACCGAGCUGAGUUGAAGAAGCUGGGAGAGAAGGUCAUGGAAGCCAUGGAUGAAAACUUGGGUUUGCCAAUAGGAUACAUCAAGAAAGCUUUCAAUGGUGAAGAAGCUGAUGCCUUUUUUGGCACUAAGGUAACCUGGACCAUUCUGAUGAGAUUGGCUAAAGAAUAA